UUUUUUUUCCUUCCAGCCGCCGCCGGCCCCAGCCGGCCGCGUCAUGCAUCGUGUGCGCGUAAGGAUACCCAACAGCAUCAACCCACGUUGCCGACGUUGAACAACAGCUAACGUCUAUUUCCAGAUUGCGCGCACACGAUCAAGUCCGACACGAACAAGCAGACUAUUGUGAAUCUGACCUACGGGUAAGUCCAAGCCGACCUUGUCUGCGGCACCUUGACUCCUGUAAUUUCCUUGCUGAGCACCCCUUUCUUUCCCCAUUCCCGUCAUGGCUCACCUGCUGACGUUGAGCUUGUUAUUCAGGUCACUCUGUCAGCCGCUCGCGCGGCAUCCGCGUACGCAACGCGCAGCGGCGGUCCUGCAGGUGUUGUCCCUGGAGGCAUGCAGGUCGUUCCGUACGUUCCUCAGCCGGCGGGAGGCCAAUGGGGCCACCCCGAGACUUUCCGGGGCGGAAAGGGAGCUCACGGACCGAGGGCGCCUGCGACAGGCUACAAACCCGCCUAUUGAUCCUAUCCGUGAGGCUGUCGUCAUGUCCCUGGAAGCCUACGUUGGACCUCAGGGCGACUUACUGGAAAUGGAUGAGACUCAGUACUUUCGUCUUUCGUUAUCCAGCGACGUCGGGGAAACACCCCACCACACCAUGGCGCCCUCGCGCAAGACCAACGCGAAGCCCAAGAGCAAGAGCAAGUCCGCCCAAAUCAGGACUUCGUCGUCCAGCGACGUCGGGAAAGGUACCGAAACUCGCUACAAACCACUCACUGGACGCCCAAUCCGCGACGGCGCCAGUGGCAAGUCCCUUGACGUCGACUACCUCGACACGAUCGAGGCACUUGAAGAGGACUCGGGCGACAAGGUUUCCGAAGACGAGGAAGUCGCCGCCGGCCAGUAUCCCAUGCCGCCUCAAGCCGGCAUGCCUAGACACCCUCAACAACACUCCGGGCCGGAUCAGAAGCUGGCUCAAGCGAUGAGACGACACGCCACCACGACGCACGCGGGGAAGAUUCAUACACAUGAAGACUUCGUCUCUCUGCGCAUCCAGGACACUUUUGCCAACUGGACUAGCAAGGUCAUCGAUAUCACUUGCGAAGGAGUCCAGGGUUACAUCAACGCUUGGUCGGGCCGUCUUGGCAUGGGGGUUACAGUGUAUAUAAGUUUUUCAUUUGGGUUCUCUCGUCCCCUUCUCGCCUCCAAGCCACUGUAG